GAUUCUGCAGAUCGAUAKGUUUACGUAUCUCCWCCAUGCAUGCUUACACGAGAAGUUUUCCGACCGCUGAGUACAGAUACAAAGAAAGAAUUUUACGCUAGCCAAUGAUAGAUUCUUGACAAGCUCGAGACUAGUGAAGCACAUCAAGGCGUGACUGUCAACAUUCCAGCAUCAAAAUACUCACUGGACUUACGAAAUAGACCCUCAUAGCUCCGUAUUGGACUACAAGAAACCGCUGUGAGUGCGAAUAUUUUCGGUUUCUUUUGAUAUUUUUAUAGUAUCAGGAAAAGAUAACAGCGUCUCGACAGUCUGCCCUGGGCUGGGAUCGUGUACGAAGUCUUUCAUUGAGAGCUUAUGAAGUGGCGAUACUGUAGCCAAAAGACAGUUAAUUAGGAUUARCUCUCCACAUUCUAGUUCAUUGGUCUUGCACACCAAGAAAUUAUCAGAAAGUUKCUAACKGUAAAUAUKGGUUUUUCGACGUUUUUAACACGGCUUCGUUUAUACCAGAAAAUUCUUGAUGUCACGCAAUGCACGAGGUCGAUCGAGUGCGGUCAAWCUCGGGUAAUGCCUAUUGUAUUUACUAAGAACAAGGCCAAUGUCGUUCAACUCCAAGAUGGCAGUCUGAUCAAUUCUCUCUACAAAUGAAAUAUGUUGGCGUUUAAAUUCCCCUCGAUAAAAAGAAAGAAGAAGGACCGUGAUAAAGCUGAGAGCAAAGAAGAAAAGCGCGAAAGGAGAAAAAGGGAAAAAGCAGAGAAGGAGGGUCGUAAACAUGCUCAUGACAAAAAACAAGCUGAUCCAACUAUCAUCGGAGACAUCGUUGCAGGAUCGACUGGGGAUUUAGACGACAAAAAGGGUACAAGAUUUAGCUUUAGAAAGAGAAAAUAUGAUGUUGAUCAUGAAUUUGAUGAAGAAAAUCGUCCUGUUUCCAACGAAACAGGAUAUGAUGUUAGGCAGAGCUACUCGAGUAGCGAUGGUGAUACGAAACAUGGCUCUGCUGCAAGUACUCGAGAAGAUUACGUUGAUUCUAAUUACAGUGGGGCUUAUUCAGAGAGAAUUGACCGAAAUUCAGAGCCUGUACCAGCUCCAAGGAGGAAGAAAACUUCAAGUGUUGAGAUAAAGCUGUCUAGCAAUAGCACUGACUCGAUGAAUGGUGAUCAAAGACACAGAAGUGACAGUGACCGUGAUAGGCCUUAUCCUGCAGAGCGCAGUUAUAGARCAGAAAGGAAUGAUCAUGAACAUAAAACAAAGUCUUUACAUUCUGGUGGGCGCACUAUUGCCCUGUCUGGGACCCCAAAUAGGGAUAAGCAAGAUCCAAUAGGUCCGCCAAAACCUCCAAGAGUCGUUAAACCUGACGACACAGGAGUUGUCGAGUUUAGGCUUGUCAACUCAGGAGUGAAUAAGACCUCAUAUAUGGCCAACGAACCACGAGAAAUAGUCACAGUCUCUUCAGUAAGUAAUAGUUAUUCUAGUCCUUAUGAAGAUUUUAUGGAUGCAAGUAUGGAAGAAAAACCUAUCAAGAUUGAUUCCUCAUCUCCUUUGGAAACCGCCAGCCCUGACAUCACAAUCGACAUUACUUCUCCUACAGAAAAGUCAUUUGAAGAUCUAGGAGUGGAUCUUACUCUUCCAGAGGUUGUGCCUGCUUCUCCUGGAAUACCUAGGGUUAUCAAGAUACAACGUCGUAUGAGUGGAGAUUURGGCUUUGCAUUGCGUAGAGGUACAGAAAGUGGCAAUGACAAAACAGUUCAUUUUGUAGAGCCGGUUGGYCCAAAUACUGCAACAGGAAUACUUCCUGGYGAUCGACUUAUAGAGGUGAAUGGAGUCAAUGUGGAAGACGUAGAUAGAGAAAAGAUUAUUGAGAUGAUUGCAAUGUCGGGCAAUGAGGUUGUCAUAAAAGUUGUGCCAGUAUCAGAACUCUCAGAGCUUAGCGUUCGUAGUGGACUUGAUGGAUCGUCUGUACAACUAGAUGAAUCGAAUCUCAAGGCUGGCACAUUACAACGAAGUGGUAGCAAGCGCAUGAAGAAAAAGCCCAAGUCAGCAGAGGAAACAGCAUCUCAAAAAGCCUGGCAAGAUGCAGAGAAGGUGUGGGUGGUUCAUAAAGCAGGGUUUUCAGGAGGAAGAGUCCAGAGAAUCAAAUCUGCUGAACAAGAGGAAGAUGAAACACCCAUGUGUAAAGUGAAGUUAGAUCAUGGUGGAGAGGUUAUCACUAUAGAAGAAGAGAGUAUUGAAAAGGCCAAUCCACCUCAAUAUGACCGAGCUGAAGACCUGGCUUCACUCCGCUAUCUCAAUGAGUCAAGUUGUCUGCAUACACUUCGUCAACGACAUGGAAGUAAUCUUAUCCAUACCUAUGCAGGUCCAAACCUAAUUGUUGUUAACCCCAACCAAAACCUGGCUAUUUACACAGACAAAGUUAUCCAAAUGUUUCGUGGUUGUAAACAAGAGGACAUGCCUCCACACAUCUUUGCCGCAGCACAGACAGCAUAUCGUAACAUGCUUGCAGCAAGACUGGACCAAUCAAUCGUCAUGAUGGGUGCAAGUGGUUCAGGAAAGACAACUUGUGCAAAACACAUUCUUCACUACUUGUCUGUUACAGCUGCUUCCAAUCACUCGGCCGUCACAGAUCAAAAGUUUGAAGGUAUCUUUGCCUUACUUGAAGCAUUUGGCAAUGCACCAAACAAACUGAACAAAAAUGCAUCAAAGCUAACCUUGCUUGUGAGCCUGGACUUUGAUUCAGCUGGUUUAAUUACUUGUGGCACCCUGCAGACAUUUCUUCUUGAGAAGUCAAGAGUUGUACGUCAACCUGAAGGAGAAGGUCCCUUUCACAUCUUUAAGUAUCUAUUGGCCGGCAGUGAUGCAAAACUACGGAAGGAGCUUCAAUUGGAUAGAGCUCUCAGUGAACAUAAUGAUUUUAUUUCUGAUUUUGACCCUCUGCCCUCAGAAACACAACGCCUCUCAAACAAGUGGACAGAGAUAGAGUUUGCUUUAAACAUGCUUGGAAUAUCAGUUGAUGAAGCAAAGUCUAUUUGGAGUUGUUUAGCUGCUAUUUAUCAUCUUGGUGGUUCUGGUAUCAACAUAGGUCAAGACAACAAACCACACUUCACUAACCCUGCUUCUGUACAAAGAGCUGCUGCAGUCUUAGGAACAACCCAAGAAGAAUUGACAGAAAUCAUCUUUGCACCUCCUCCUGUCAAUCAAUUUACUAUUCGAAUGAGACAGAAAUCUAGUGACUCGAUGAGCCCUCCUUCAUCUGCCGAGGCAACUCCUGAGAGACAAGCAAAGAGUGCGGCAUCUAGUUACAUUGAAGCACUUGAAGGCUUUGCUAUCGGUCUUUACCAAGAAGCGCUGUCUGCACUCAUGAAGAUUAUCAAUCGAUCACUACAGUGUGGUUUACGUAGCGUGUCGACUAUUCAUGUACUAGACUCGCCGGGAUUUCAAAAUCCUACUGCUUACAAGAAGGAGCAUGGCGCCACCUUUGAAGAUCUGUGUCAUAACUACGAGACUGAACGACUUCAAAAGUUCUUCCACCACACUGUAUUUACUUCACAAAUGGAGAGAUAUGCACAGGAAAAUAUUGAAUGCAGUUUUGAGAGUAAUGCAACUUCUCCUGACCCUGUAGUCGGGGUGUUUGAUAAGGCAGUACAAGGAUUGACCAGGGGGUCAACUUUGGAUCUUAAAAAUGAACAAAAAGGUCUUUUAUGGAUUCUUGAUGAGGAGUCCAUCUUCCCUGGUGCCAAUGAUAGCAGCUUUUUAGCCCGAGUGUAUGUCCAUCACUGUAGCGACAAGCAAUCUUGGGUAAAGCAAGGGCCGCGUAAGGAUACAUUCUAUGUAAACCAUUGUCAAGGGACAAUUCCAGUAUUGUAUAAUGCUAAAGGAUGGUUAAAACAGGCUAGAGAACACUCAACAUCCAAGCAAGCCAAGGGUGUUCUCUCAGAUUCCUCCAAACCUCCUAUUGCAGACAUGUUCAGUAACCGUAAUACGGGUGACAGCAGUAUUUCUAGAUCAAGAAGCUUUAAAAGGACAUCCAUGUCGCCAUCACCUGCCAUCAAAAAGAAUUCUCAAUGUCUUCAGUUGAUUUAUCAAGUGGAUACAAUCCUCGAGGCGAUUCGCAAAACCAAAGUGAAUUUUGUCCGUACUAUUGUGCCCGUCAUCUAUGAUGCUAGUGAAGGAUCCAAAGAAAAGGCAAAAGACCUAACGUCAAUGGAUGUUCCUCUGGCAAGACUUCAGCUACGAGCUGCUGAGAUGCUGGAUGCUAUACGAAUUCACAGACAAGGCUACCCCGAGCACAUGCCUUUUGCUGAAUUCAGACGUCGAUUCGAUAUCUUAGCACCAACAGAAUGUAGGAAUACCGGGCCAGUCUUGGAUGAGAAAAAGGGAGUAGAGACAUUAUUAGAACAUCUCGACCUUGAUAAAAGGAGUUAUCGACUUGGUUUAAGUCAGAUAUUUUUCCGGGCCGGUUCCCUCGCACAGCUAGAAGAUGCCCGUGACGAAAAGAACACUGGGACUAUUGUCGAAUUGCAGUCUCUUUGUAGAGGAUACUUGGCUCGAAGGAAAUUCAAAAAAUUACAAGUUCAAAAUCGUGCGAUGUUUUGCAUUCAAAAGAACCUGCGUGUGUUUGCUGCUGUUAGGAACUGGCCAUGGUGGAGACUCUAUACCAAGGUGCUUCCUCUCUUGAAUGUUCAUCGAGCUGAAGAAGAACUUAAAUCGAAAUCGACGGAAGUCGACGCUCUCAAAGCAAAGAUCAUCAAACUUGAAAAUGAAAACAGAGAAUUAAAUGGUGACAAUGAGAAACUUGAGCAAAAGGUACGUACUAAUUAAUCACUUUGGAUUUUU